CCUUGGCACGCUGCUGCGCCACGUUUGGAGAGCUUUCCGGAAGAGGAAAGGGGUGAAAAGCAGGAAAAGAUAUUUUAAGCUAUCUGAAAAAUGAUCAUCCCUGUCCGAUGCUUCACUUGCGGCAAAGUCGUGGGAAACAAAUGGGAAGCCUACCUGGGCCUGUUGCAGGCUGAAUAUACCGAAGGGGAUGCAUUGGAUGCGCUCGGCUUAAAGCGCUACUGCUGUCGGCGGAUGCUUCUCUCACAUGUGGAUUUGAUUGAGAAACUGUUGAACUACGCACCUUUGGAGAAAUAGCACUGGCGUCCCGGAGCAGGACUGUUGCCACCAUCCCAAAGAAGUGUGACUUUCAACUUGAUAGGCUUUCCUGAUGGCUUGUUUGCAGUAUGGGUUUUUUUAGUUUGUGUCAAACUAAUUGGUCUUGUUCACUAAAGGCUGCAGCUGUGCAAUGGAGGAACUCCAUCUCAUUCAAUGAUGUGCAAUAAAAAGUAUGGAAUGUAUUCAUCUUA